UAGGUUGAUUGGUUGUUUGUGGCUUCUCCGGGGGUGCGGUUCGCGGAUGAGGCGUUUGAAAGAGAGCGAAGGGCCCGAUCCAUCGCUUAUCCCAUGGAGACGCGACCGGCGUUUAGAAACCUGACGUCAACUUGGCUGGCCAGCCGUUUCCUUGCUAGCGUACUAUGGGAUUCGCAGAGGCGGGGAGGGGGGUGGUUGAAGCGAAACUGUGCCAGUAUCAGUCAUAUGACAAGGGGGCAGAAGUCUGGUUUCUGUGGGGCUCCGGCUGCCGGCAUGGAGCAUACACCUGCUGAGCCUCAUGAAAUCCCCCACUGUUCCGUUUCGCGAGCUCUGUUUCUGCUCUUCAAUGCCGGUUUACUUGUAUUCACGAGCAAUGCCUCCAAUACAACGAUUUCUCUUAAGGCCAUUCCUCCGCCCAAGCGCUCCCCGCGUCUUUACAUGGAACCCCUCCUCUAUAAUCCGCAACGCCAGUACUAACGCCAAAAAACUAAAGAAGCGAGCCCCAGAAAAAAUCAUAAAAACUACGUCCCCGCUACCCCAGACUGGCAAAUACUUUUCCCUUGCAGAAUCACUGGGAAACUCCGACCAUCCGGCCAUCCUCCUCUACGCCUGUCACAACCGCAGCUUUCUCCGGAGUUGUUAUGGCCUCUCGAGCGCCAUGCUCGCGUGGUCGUACUACACCUACCGUACAAACAUUGCGAAUUCAGGACCCGGAUUACCCGCUUGGGUAAUUAAAGUUACCUGGGGGAGCGUCACUAUCAUGACCGUGAUGGCUGUGGCUGUAGCGUAUUAUCCUACCCGGUAUCUCGAUUCCCCUCCGGAUACUGGGAACGUCACUAAUGCGGAAAUGAUAUGGUAGUUUGAUACAAGCCAUCUAUGCCCAUCCCAUACCAGCCACUGGCACCCGGCCAGCAAGCAUAUCACUGACACUCCACCGCCGUCCAAUUCUACCCACACUUCCCAUGAAAAAGCUCCGUGUGGCUUCCCCUAACAUGGUGACUCUGGAGGAGCCUAUUCACACGACCAUAAGGCCCGUAGCGGCGCCCGGCGUUGCCGAGGAUGAGUGUACAGGGUGGCAGAAGGUUUGGAGUAAGAUUAACCCGGCAAAAGUCCUCGCGAGAGCGGUGAGCGGUAUUUCUACAAGCGUGUUUGUCUUGGUGAAGGUGGAAGGGAUGGGAAGUUAUAGGAUUCACAGGGAUGGGUGGGUAUGGGAGAGGAGAGGAUUGGAUAGAAUUUUCAAGGCGAGGAAUGUAGUGCGGAUGUAGAUGCGCCACUGGGGUUUGUGUAGAUAAGGAGUCGGAGGCGAUGCUCUUUUCCAGAAUACCGAACUCGAGCACAAUUAAUUAUGCAUUUGUCUUGUCCUAUAGCACUAGGUAGAAAAGGACUCAAAUCCCUUUACUU